AUGCAAAGCACUCUCCGUGAGGAUCGAUGUGUCUUACUGCUCGGGUAUGAAGGCCACAUGAAGGAUAUGCUGGAUUCCUCCAACCCGGGACUUGCCUGUCGAUUCCCCACAGGUGAUGCAUUCUACUUCGAAGACUUCGCUGACGAUGAGCUCCGGAGCCUUCUCGACUACAAGCUCAACAAACAAGGCUUGGGAGCAACUGAAAAGGCCAAGGAUGUCGCGAUCGGCGUUUUGUGUAGAGACCGACCGAAUUGUGGCAACGCUGGCGAAGUCGAAAACGUGGUCUCGAGGGCAAAAGCUGCUUACAAAUCGCGUACAAUGGAAAACACUGUAAGUAUGGAAGUCGGCAAUGCCGACGUUGUCUUUCUGCCGCAUGACUUCGACCCUGAUUUCGAUCGCACCGAUCUCUUGAGUAGCUUGACUUUGAACCUGAGAGCUCGGAAGCAAAAUCCAAGAGAUCAUGUUCCCUUCAACUACGUUUUCAAGCGACCUCCAGGAACUGGCAAAACAACCGUUGCAGAGCUUUACUAUGAGCUCGGCAUCCUGUCAACGAAAGAGUCCGUCGAAUGUUCUACAUCAGAUCUCACGGGUCAGUAUGUGGUCCAAACUCUGCUCAACUACCGGCUGCUGAAAGCAAACGAGCUUUGCCUCCUCCACGAGCUACUAGCUCCAUCACCAGAGCAACAACAGGCCCUGGGCCCGAGCCUGACUUGA